AUGCCCGAACCAACAGCCGCACAGCUCAAGGACGAAGGCAACGAGUCAUUCAAGAAGCACGACUACAUCGGGGCGAUCAUCAAAUACACCGAAGCCAUCGCUUUGGAUGAUAAGAAUGCUGUUCUAUAUGCAAACCGCGCCGCUUGCCACCAUGCCUUGAACAAAUAUCUAGAUGCUGUGGACGAUGCGCAUAUGGCUACAGAGAUCGAUCCGGGCUAUGCGAAAGCGUGGUCGCGAUUGGCGGCGUCCAGAGACGCGCUUGCGGAUUGGAGGGAAAGCGCUCAUGCUUGGCAAAAGGCGUUGGAUGCGCUGCCAAACACUAAUCUCAGCCCCGUGGAGCGACAACAAAAAGAGCAGUAUAGUGCUAAUCUGAAAGCAGCGAAUGCGCGUUUAAAUGGGCCGCCUAUCGUCCCUCUCUCGAUGAAUGAGAAAUUGGGCAAGUUCCCUUGGCAGAUCGCGACGGAUAUGCUUCCUGAGCUCCGGAGAGCGGGUCCUGCAAAAGUGUCUAGCAGCGCUUGGGUUAUCGCACUUGCGUAUGAGGAAUUCAGCAAAGGGGUAGAAUCGAUGAAGGGAAUGAAAAUAAUUCCUCAGUCUGAAAAACCAGGCACUUUUGUGCACCGCGGAAACCUAGAGGCGAGUUCAGAUUGUUCUAUGUCCUUGUUGUAUUUUGGUGUUUACACGGCGCAGGGGCUGACGGACUUGAGCAAUGGUUUUAUGCGUGACGAUCGCGUGUUCCAUAUCAAUCAACCUAAUUGGAUUGAGAUGUACAAUCAACAAGUCUAUUUCGAAGUCACGGCUCGCAAGGCGUGGGACUCUGAAGGACUCGAGACCGAGAAUGGCUGGGAUGAUGUCCGCCCCGCAUUGGCCGUGACCGUUCGCGCAUGGUUAAUGAGAGCUGCAUUCGAAGGCGGUUUAAGAGAUCAACCUCAGGCUGGUGUCCAGUAUUACAGACGAGCUCUCGACUUGGUCGAAUGGGGCAGAACCAUCUGGAAGGAUGUUCCCAAGUCCAGCAGAGGAGCGAUUUUCGAGCAUUCGUUCUUGAUAGGCAUCCGGAGUAUGUACCUCAAGAUGUUCAUGAACGCUUACACCGACGACCCUGGCUUGGACUCCAAGUUCCCUCUUGAACAGCUAAAGGAAGAAGCUGAGUACCUUGUCAAAGAGAGCGAGAUAGCUGUACAGACGCGUGGUGAUGAGCCGGUUGACCCCGGCUUCAUAUCAUCUUUCAUCGUGUACCCCAACGGACUUGCUCAUGCGAUGAUCGGAUUCUAUCACGUGCAAAUGGCCCGAUACGCUACUAAUCCUGUGGAAAAAAUGUUUAGCUAUGUGAAAGGUGCAGGAGAGUACACGCACGCAUCCAGCAAAUACCCCGAGGAUGACGAAUUGUGCGCAUGGUACUUAAAUUGCACGAUGGAUUGCAUGCGAAAUGCCGGCGUCCCGAUUGAAAACUUCCUCAUGAUAGCGACCGGCUUACGGGAUUCAGUACCCAAGAUGCAAAAAAUAUGGGCGGUCUCUGAGCUGGCGAUGGGUGGCAGAGACCAGAAGAUACAAGCGAAUCUGGAUAGGGCGGAUGAACUCAUGAGGCGCGUCGCUGACAAGACGUUGACGCUCGAAGAUCCUGUGCCUUUGUGA